AUGGUAAUUUUCGGCGUGUAUAUUGUGAACAAAUCCGGUGGAUUGAUAUUCAACCUCGACCACAAUCUGCCCAAAAUCGAGACGGAGAAAACGUUCAGCUACCCGUUGGAUAUUAACUUGGAGUAUGAGCCGAAAAGGAUUUCCGUUGCAUUCGGGCAGCGUGAUGGAAUUAAUGUGGGUCACCACUUGAUAAGCGUGAACGGGAUGCUGGUGAACGGUGCGGUACUGGAGGAUGGGCGUGAUGUGAAGGAAAUUAUAGAAAACAAGGACAGCUAUCCAUUGUCGCUCAAGUUCAGCCGACCGAAGAUGACGACGAAUGAGAAGAUUUUUUUGGCCAGCAUGUUCUACCCGUUGUUUGCCAUUGCCAGCCAGCUAAGUCCGGAACCGAAGAGUAGCGGUAUUGAGGUGCUGGAAGCUGAUACCUUUCGGCUGCACUGCUUCCAAACGCUGACUGGGGUAAAGUUUAUGAUCUUUGCGGAAAAUGUACAGCCGGGCAUUGAUGUGCUGUUGAGACGAAUUUACGAACUGUACGCGGACUAUGUGCUGAAAAAUCCGUUCUACUCGCUGGAGAUGCCGAUUAGGUGCGAGCUGUUCGAUACGAACCUGCAAACGUUGUUGGAUCAGGUGGAGAAAGGUGGAUUGGCUAGUAUUUAAGGGGUGAAUCAGUUCAG